AUGGUGAAGGUUAUUCAACAUGGAGCUUGUUUAGGUCUUGGUUUGGCAUCCUUUGGGACAACUGAUGAAUACAUAUAUGAAGAUAUAAAAAAAGUGCUAUACACUGACAGUGCAGUUGCUGGUGAAGCUGCCGGCAUCAGCCUGGGUCUAUUAUUUGUUGGAACUACAACAAAUAAGGCAAGUGAGAUGCUCGCUUAUGCUCACAAGACCCAGCAUGAGAAGAUAAUAAGGGGACUGGCUCUAGGAACAGCUCUCACAGUAUAUGGUAGAGAAGAGGAAGCAGAUAUUUUGAUUGAGCAGAUGACUAGAGAUCGUGAUCCUAUCAUUCGUUGUGGUGGAAUGUACGCACUGGCAAUGGCUUACAGAGGAACUGCAAACAACAAAGCCAUGCGUCAACUUCUGCACUUUGCUGUCUCUGAUGUCUGUGACGAUGUCAAAAGGACUGCUGUUCUCGCACUUGGAUUCAUCUUAUACUCUGAUCCAGAGCAGACUCCCCGUAUUGUAUCCCUGCUUUCCCAGUCGUACAAUCCGCAUGUCCGCUAUGGCGCAGCUCUUGCCGUAGGCAUAUCUUGUGCAGGAACUGGCCUGAGUGAAGCGAUAUCCUUGCUGGAACCACUUACAUCAGAUGUGGUUGACUUUGUUCGUCAAGGUGCUAUAGUUGCCAUGGCCAUGGUGAUGGUCCAAGUUAGUGAAGCAAGCGAUUCUCGCGUUGGAGAAUUUAGGCACCAACUUGACAAGAUUUUACCCGAAGAGAUUCCAGAUGAAAUGAGCACUAUUACGGGAGCAUUUUUGGCUUCAGGUAUUCUUGAAGCUGGUGGAGGGAAUGUGACAAUACGACUUCUCUCUAAGACAAAACAUGACAAAGUCACUGCGGUUGUUGGCCUUGCAAUCUUCAGCCAGUUUUGGUAUUGGUACCCGCUAAUUUAUUUCAUAUGCUUGGCGUUCUCACCAACCGCGUUCAUCGGUUUGAACUACGAUCUCAAAUUCCCAAAGUUUGACUUCAUGUCGCUCGCAAAACCAUCUUUGUUUGAGUAUCCAAAACGAACUGCAGUUGUUACCUCCAACACCGCCGCAAAAUUACCAACUGCCCUGCUUUCAACCGCGGUGAAGGCUAUUAAAUCUAGGGAUAUAAACAAGACUGAAGCAGAGCAGAAGAUUAUCGCUGAAAAAGCAGCCACAAAGUCUUUCAAUGAAAGUGGAGCUGGAAAAGGCAAGUCAUCAAUUGAGAAGGUAACAGACACUAUGCAGGCUGAUAGCGCAGCAACGGUGGAGAAGAAGGCUGAGUCAGAAGCAAUGUUUGAGAUUCUGUGCAACCCGACGCGGGUGGUCCCUGCACAAGAGAAAUACAUAAAGUUUAUGGAGAGCAGCAGAUACGAACCGGUGAAGCUAGCUCCAUCAGGGUUCGUCCUUCUAAAGGACUUGCAUCCGCCGUAUCCCAAGGUUCUCUUUAUGACCACCGACACACCUACUUCAACGGCUGUCAAGCAAGGAUCCACGCCAGUCUGAAUACACAUCAUGGUUUUGUUUUGAUUAGUGGGUAAUUGUUGGUUUUUUUUGGUUAACAUGGAACAGUUUGGAGAUGUGGAAUUUACUACAGUUCAAGAUGGUGAAGACUUCGAUCUCAGAGAGGUUUGUUCCGUACCAAAACUUGGUAAGGUCACUUCCUGUCAUUUCUCAUCGGAUGGGAAAUUCUUGGCGAGCGCUGGACAUGAUAGGGAGGUGUUCAUCUGGAACAUGGAAACAGGUCACGCUGAGACCA